GUGUGGGGGCUGAUGGGUGCACCAAAAUUCCUUGCUACGCAAUUGCUGCUUUAUUUUUGAUGCAGUACGACUAUUAUUUCCUGUCCACUGCGUCACUGACACCACAUUCAGGCACCUGUGGGUGCCUCACACCCCUGUGCUAUGUGUUAAUGUACAGAGUAUUGACCACAUUUAGGUAUCUGUCAGUGCCUUUCAGUCGGUGCUGCUCCACACCGUCGGUGCAGCAGCGGAGGAUGCAGGAGUUUAGUCCCGCUGUGACGUCACCGCCGCCGCCGCCGCUGAGCCAGAGCACGGGGCAUCAGUCCGCAUCCACUAGCAGGCUAACUGGCUAACUGGCUAACUGUAGCGAACGUCAGCUAUGGUCCGUUACCGUUACCUAAUUUCUGAAAUAAACAAUCGCUUUGAUUGACCAGCCAAACCGGGAGCAUGGGGGCUGUUUGGAUUUCACACACUAACUGGGAUCGCACUGGUGCAACGGAGCGAGUGAAGGGCUUGCGCCACUGAUGCCAGGUGCAGGCUGUAGCUGAGAGCACUCAGGAUGAGUGGGGCUGGAGAGCACACAGACAUCCUGUCAGUGGCAGACGUGGUCAGAGACAGAUGGAAAGUGCUGAGGAAGAUAGGUGGAGGUGGGUUUGGGGAGAUCUACGAGGUCUUGGAUCAGCUGAGCCAGGCCACUGUUGCCUUGAAGGUGGAGUCCGCUCAGCAACCCAAACAGGUGUUGAAGAUGGAGGUAGCUGUGCUGAAGAAGCUUCAGGGCAAAGAUCACGUGUGUCGAUUCGUGGGCUGUGGCAGGAAUGAUCGCUUCAACUAUGUGGUGAUGGAACUCCAGGGGAGGAAUCUGGCAGAUCUGCGCAGAACCAUGACCCGUGGCACCUUUUCUGUCUCCACAACCUUGAGACUUGGCAAGCAGAUUUUAGAGGCCAUCGAAAGCAUCCAUUCUGUAGGCUUUCUGCACCGUGACAUUAAACCAUCUAACUUUGCUAUGGGAAGACUAGCCAGUACCUGCAGAUGCUGCUAUAUGCUUGAUUUUGGUUUGGCCCGUCAGUUUACCAACUCCAGCCAGGAAGUCCGUCCACCUCGUCCUGUGGCAGGCUUUAGAGGAACUGUGCGAUAUGCUUCCAUCAAUGCUCAUAAGAAUAAGGAAAUGGGUCGUCAUGAUGACCUGUGGUCCCUUUUCUACAUGCUGGUCGAAUUCAUGGUUGGUCAACUUCCCUGGAGGAAAAUUAAAGACAAAGAACAAGUAGGAAAUCUUAAAGAGACAUAUGACCAUCGACUUAUGCUGAAGCACCUCCCCUCAGAGUUCAGUGCUUUUCUGGAUCAUAUCUUGACCUUGGACUACUUCACUAAGCCCGACUAUCAGCUUUUGAUGUCAAUGUUUGACAAUGCUAUGAAGAGCCACAACGUGCUGGAGAAUGACCCUUAUGACUGGGAGAAAUGUGAUUCAGAAGAUAUGCUGACCAUCACUGCCACAUCAACCACUGCUCAGCAGCUGACUCGCCUCACACCGGCAUACUUGGGCAUGGCCAAUGCUUCAGUGCUGCCAGGCGAGCUGCAGCGGGAGAACACUGAGGAUGUCCUGCAAGGGGAGCGCCUCAGCGAUGCUGACAACUGCCCCCCCAUCCCUACACCGACCACCCCUGGUGGAGAUGUAUGGGAAGAGAUGGACCGCAACCGAAACCAUAAACACGCCCCGCAGAUGAUCAGGAAGGUGGUGAGUGAGGAUGAACACAGUCAGAACCAGGGGAACCAGAGUCCCAACACCGGCUCCAUACAGAGUUCUCCUAGACGGGUGCGAUCAGAAACCAUGUUCUUGGAACGGGCUGCACCGCUGCUCCGGAGGAUGAGACACAGUCAGAGCUUGGCGUUUGAAAAGAGGCUCGCACCCGAACCCAAGCCCACCAUCGAACGCUUCCUUGAGGCCUACUUGGGCAAACAGCGUCCAGUCCUUUCUCAGGUGGGAGAGAAAUCCAUUACUGAGAGGGGGCAGGGGCAGCAGACGCCUCCUUGCAUUGAGGACCACUCUGGCACAGCUACCCCUGACCAGGAAGAGGGGGCAGCGAGCAGUGGCUUUGUGGCUGUAAACCUCAGUCCUGUGCCUCAAGAGGGAGACUCUCAGGAGUGGGUGAUGCUGGAGCUGGAGCAAGGCAGUGGUUCUGGAGGAAGCAAACCUCCAGCAGAAGCCCUGCACGAGGACAGGCCAGGUACCCACACACCUGCAGAGGCUGAGAACCACUCCUCUGAGCCGCAGGAUGGCCAGUCCACCGCAGUGCCCAGCAGCCCCGUCCUGUCUCAGAUGGCCAUGCCUGGCACGUGGUUACUGGGCCACAGGAGGAUACCGGGCAUGCUGGGACAAAUGCCCUCGGUCAUCAUGGGAAGACCUCAGAUGGACCAGUCCUCCAGCUGUGCGCCACAGUCACCUGUACAGGAGAAAAGAGAUGCAAUACCGCUAGAAGCCCCAUCCGCUAAAUCUGACAGACUCCCAGAGGAAAUCUUAAAGGAUGGAGGGAGGUUGGAGUUAGCUCCAGUGCCAAGCCCAGCCAAAGGCCCCACAACUCAUCUGACCAACGACAGAGACCCAGAGAGUGAUUCUGGUCUGCCUGAUCGCUCCUCAGAGCCGAAUCAGCAGCCCCAAGCUGACAUUGCAGGAGGCGCCAUGGAGAGCACCGUCACCGUCUCCUCCUCUCCACCUCCGGCUUUGCUCAGGCGAAGAGACUCUCCCUCGUCGCCAAGACUGAGCCGAAUCCCAGUACGAGACCCCAGCGCUCCCCUGGACUCUCCGAGCAGGGACCUCAACAUGGAGAGGCGUCAUCGGUGGAGCAGUCCGGUCCCCGGCUCCCCCACCCACUCGCCCUCUCCAUCUCUGUCCUGUGACAACCUGCCCUGCGCUCUGCCGAGAGACAGGCUCCCCUCAGAGCGAGGCUCCAGGUCCGACUGUGUAGGAGAAGACCCUCUCUCUCUGUCCUCCUCAUCAGGUAGCAAAAGUAAGAUCCCACGUCCUGUGAGUGCCACCUUUGUACCCGAGCAGCUCACAAGCAGGUUUCUGCCUCGGCCACCCCCUGGGAAACCGCCCAUCCGCCCCUGUGUGGACAACAGACGGCGGCGGUUAAGAGUGCGUGCCAGCAGCACUAGUGACGCAGACUUCCUUGCCAGUCUGACCCAGCUCAUGCAGGACCGCAGCGGGAUGCUCUUCAGCCCUCCUCCUCGCAGCUCCUCCUCCACCCUGCAGCGCUCCCAAAGCUCCUCCCCCUCCCGCCAAGAGCUCCGCGAUGGCGGCGCACUACAGGGACGCAGCCGCUCUCCUUCUAGCUUCUCCAGGUCCCCUCCUCCUCGGCAGGCUCAUCCACAAGACGGCCCCGGCGGGCAGGGCCAGUGGGGCCACAGCUCCAGGGGAAGGGGCCUGCUCUACGAGGGCAAAGGCUCUGGGAAAGUGAAUCGAUGACUGUAUUUGACACUAAAGACUGAUCCGGAUUGUGCAACUGUAGCAAAAAGGCUGUCUCACAUCCAGUCCCUGAUAGCAUGUGUAAAUAUGGUAUUUACUCAAGGGAAUGUACUGUAUCUAAUGUAAAAUGUAUGAUAAAUUGUAUUUAUUUAUUUA